UUGGAUAUAAGGUACAUUAUCCAAUCGACAUAUCUCAGUUUUUCUUUUUUUUUUUUUUUUUUUUUUUUUUUUUUUUUUUAAGGGACGCCAUUGAUAUUUUAAAUUGUCCAAAUAAAAAAAAAGUCACUUCCUUUUCACCUUAUUACAAAAACUUUACAAUGGGAAAAUCGAAAAUCGCCUUAUGGCGCGAAAUGGAACAAUUUAAGCGACAAAUGCUUUUGAAUCCCGGUUACGAACUUACAGAGAGUGAAAUCGCUUCAUUUCAACCCUCUCCUCCCCCAAGACGCCAACCACGUCAAAAAGCUCAGGCACCGAGUUACGACCCCAUGUCUGAAUACCCAGCAGACGAUGACAACAAUACGACCGUCGUCUUGCAUAAUUGCACCAUGGACCCUACACCGGCUCCAGCACCUCGCAAGCGUCGACGAAUCCGUAUCCGUUCGUCUGUACCUAUCGUUAAGGCUGUACCUGCGAAAGUCAGUCCUGCUGAAGCCAAGAAGGAAAGGGCCAUCAGGUACCAGAGAAAACUGGAGGUUUUAGCCAACAAGUGGGGCAAAGUGCUUAACAACAUGUGCGUUAACUACCUUGUUUUUGUUGGUCAGCAAGGUGGCUUGCCAUCCACCGAGAUUGUUUCUCCAGUUGCAAUCGAUUGCCAAUGUGGUAGUGAAAAAGUACUUCUGACAAAGACCGUCAGAAUGUACUUUUUCCAUGCCAUCAAGGAUGUAUCAGUUAGUUACUGCAGCUGUAAGCCCUUGGCAGAAGCAUUAAUUUUGAUGGGUAUGUUUCCUGCUUCGCCCACAGACCCCAAAAAUGCCAUUCAUUUGGGUUUGUUGGGCUAUUUUAAUGAAGUUCGAAACACCUUGAAGUCUUCUUCUGAGGGUAUUACAAAGUUGUAUAACAAAUUACAAGGAAAUCCACUGACAUCUUUGUCAGUGAACAAUUUCCGUACUGUAUUUAAUAUGUACAAUAAGGUCAUUUUGUUGACAGACGAAAUGGUCAACGAGCGAUCUUUGUUGAAAGAUCAGGCGAUGUGCUGUCCUGCUUGUCCUAGUAGGGACUCCAUCAACCCUAUGGAUCGCAUUUUCAUUACUAUGGAUGGGUGCUUUAGUAUGAAAUCUACGCAUUAUCCAAAUGGCUAUUUCAGAGACUCCAAACCCGGAUGCGACAUAGAUAGAACUCGUUGCCAUGUCUGUUCAAGGGAAUUUUCAUCGCCAUCUAACAGAAACAAGCACGCACUUCGGUUCCACAAUACACCCACCCCUGCGAAUGUUGGAAGACCCUCAUUAGGUGGAAGGAAACAAGCUAACCAUAGGUACUACAAGAAAAGUACAACAGAACAAGUCAGACCCAAGUGCGCAUUGCUUCUGACAUCAGCAAGAGAAGAAUUCACGGCUUUGGACAAAGGGUUCUCGUUAGCGUUGUAUCGUACUUACCUUAAACAAUAGCAUUUACAACUCGAAAAGUCCAUACAGAUUAUGACUCUCCCAUCACUCAACCAUUGGCAAAGCGACUCAAGCUACUGGGAAUUUUUGACAUUCGAACUCGUGAUCCGUUACGUACGGAAUUAUGAAUUGUUCUUUGAGCAUGAAGUCUUUUUUAAUUCGACGUCUCCCCUGAGUGUUAUAUAUUCUAGCAAUAGCUACUCUCGCGAGCAUAUGGUUGUUUGUCAAAAGUUUUGGACUACCCCUAUGUCCAAAUUUAAUUGUUUACUUAGAGCUUACUGUAAAGCUUUUAUGGGAUAUUAUCAUGCUCAAUAAUAAAUUGACUUACAU